UGAAUAUUUAAUCUAAAUUAUUGAUAUUAAUUGUAUAUGAUAAAUUUUUACAAAGUUGUCUCUUUGAUAUACAACUUCAAACUUCUUAAAAAUCAUACACGUGCAUUAAAAUUAUUACGCAUGUGGACAAUAUGCGUUAGGUUAUUGUAUUAGGUUAUGUUAUACAGUGUGUAGAUUGACAAUAACGAUUGAUAAAACAUCUAAAAAUUACUAUUAUUAAUUAAUUUAUUGAUUGAAGUAUUUCUUAAGUAAGCAUUUCAAAUGAAAGAUAUGGAAAUUAUUGGUUUUGGAGAGACAGAGGAACUUAAUGAAAAUGACGAAGAUGAAGAAAUUAUGGACAUCAAGAAAAAAGCUUCUAAGAAGUCAGGUGGAUUUCAAUCCAUGGCCCUUAGCUACCCUGUUCUUAAGGGUAUAUUAAAACGUGGUUAUAAAGUUCCAACACCUAUACAGAGAAAAACAAUUCCUUUAGCUCUUGAAGGAAGAGAUAUUGUAGCAAUGGCUCGGACUGGUAGUGGAAAAACAGCUUGUUUUUUAAUUCCAUUGUUUGAAAAACUAAAAACUAGACAAGCCAAAACCGGAGCACGCGCUUUAAUUCUAUCACCAACACGUGAACUAGCAAUGCAAACGUUAAAAUUUAUUAAAGAGUUAGGAAAAUUUACAGGAUUAAAAGCUGUAGUGAUAUUGGGUGGAGAUAGUAUGGAUAAUCAAUUUAGUAUUAUUCAUGAAAAUCCUGAUAUUAUUGUUGCCACGCCGGGCAGAUUUCUUCAUAUAUGCGUUGAAAUGGACUUACGUUUAAAUACUAUAGAGUACGUUGUGUUUGAUGAAGCCGACAGAUUAUUUGAAAUGGGUUUUGGUGAACAAAUUCAUGAAAUAGCUAAUAGAUUACCAGAGACACGAAAUACCUUACUAUUUUCUGCCACAUUACCUAAGGUUUUAGUAGAGUUUACUAAAGCAGGUUUGAGUGAUCCUGUCUUGAUACGAUUAGAUGUCGAGAGCAAAUUACCAGAAGAAUUAAGUUUAUCAUUUAUUAUUUGUCGUCCUGAAGAGAAAUUGGCUGUACUUUUAGCUCUGUUAAAGAAUAUCAUUGCGAAUGAUUCACAAACUGUAAUAUUUGCUGCCACUAUGCACCACGUAGAAUACCUUCAUCAGAUAUUAGACAAAGCAGGAAUUUCAAAUACAUUUAUUUAUUCAAACUUGGAUCCUUCUGCACGUAAAAUAAAUGCUGCUAAAUUUCAAAUGAAUAAAGUUAAAACUUUAAUUGUUACUGAUGUUGCUGCUCGUGGUAUUGACAUACCUCAUUUGGAUAAUGUUAUUAACUUCAAUUUUCCAGCUAAAUGUAAAUUGUUCGUCCAUAGAGUAGGUCGUUGUGCACGUGCUGGUCGCACUGGAAUUGCUUAUAAUAUUAUUACUCCUGACGAGUAUCCAUAUCUUUUAGAUUUGCACCUAUUUCUUGGUCGUUCAUUAAAUAUAGUUUCUUCAUCCGGUACAAGCAAUGACAAAGAAUAUAUAAUAGGAAAAAUGCCUCAAGCCAUGAUAGAAGAAGAACUUGCAGAAUUGAUAAAUUGGCAUAAUUCAUCCACUGAUCUGAAAAAUAUGGAAAAAGUUUGCAACAAUGCUUAUGAACGUUAUAUUAAAUCUCGGCCAGCAGCAUCAUCGGAAAGUGUUAAGCGGGUGAAAGAAUUGAAUAUUAAUUCAGCAGGUAUAAUACCUGAAUAUUCUAAUAUUAAUCCUGCCACGAUAGAUAUAUUAACGAAAAUGAAACAAUACAGACCACAAGGAACAAUAUUUGAAAUAGAUAAAAAAACAUGUUCGUUGGAUUAUAAAAUAAUGAAAGAAAAACGAGCAUUUCACAAAGAAAAUAUUUUAAACUUUCAUAAAAAAAUGGAAACGCUAGAAGCAAAAAAGAAAGAAGCAGCAAAAGAUCUGUCUCAGAAAACUAUAUUACCUAAAAGUAGUGAAAAUGAAAUCAAUGAAGCAUUUAAUAAAGUGGUAGUGCCAAAGAAACGAAAUAUAGAGGAUUUGUAUAAAAAUACUAAGAAAAAAAAACGUUUAGCUAAAAAAGAUGAAGAGUUUUAUAUUCCGUAUUCUGCUUCAGAUAAACAUACAGAAAAUGGAUUGGCGGUAAACAAUUUCACGACUGAAGCAGAGAAAGUACAAUUGGAUUUAAUGGCAGACAAUGAAGAAUCUUUACGGUUACAAACACACCUUAAGAAAUGGGAUCGUAAAAAGAAAAAAAUGAUAACUAUUAAUAAUGAUCCAAAAGCUGGUAAAAUUCGUACGGAAUCUGGAGCUUGGAUUCCUGCUACGUAUAAAACAAACCGUUACACGCAAUGGAAAGAAAAAAGUAAAAUCGAUGCUGUGGAUGAUGAAGAUAGCGAAGAAGAAUCACCAAAAUUGCAAAAAUUGCAAACAGAUGCUAAUACACAUUGGGCGCGUCAUAAUCAAAAGAUCAAGGAGAAGGUGAAAGGAAAGUCUGAGCUGAAGAGACCGGAACAAAUUUUAAAGGCUCGCAAAUUGUUGGAGAGGAAGAAACGACGAAACGGUAGAAAGGGCCGAAAAGGUCAGAAAAAAGGAGGAAAGUCUCGUUAAAAGGUAUCCAACUGUAUAUACAUAGGUGUAUAUAUAUAUACAUAUGUUUUUAAACAUCUUCGUCUUAAAAUAUACAUUUUUCUUACGAUGAUAAAGUAAGAAGAAGAAAAAGAAAAACGAAAUAAAUAAAGUUAUUUUCAAGAUAAAAUUUUCGAUUACUUUUCAUAGAUUUCGUAUAAAGUUAUUCAAAAUUAUUUAAUAUUUUUAUUAGCAUUUUUCUCAUAUCUUAUCAAUUUCGAACGUAAUUGAACUAUGACAAAAUUGCAACUGAUUUAAAAACGCUCGUAAAAAUAUAAUAAAAGCAUGGUAUUUAUUUUUCUAUCGGAGUCGACGCGCGUGCCACUUCGUUGGCGUGCAAUAAUGCCGAUAUAGAGUUCGAGAAUUUAAUUCAUAGCAUUUUAUUACGUAAGUACCUUAAGAUGGUAAUUCCUUGAUCGUGAUAAUACGCGCGAAAUUGCAUAAGACAGCUUCUCUGUCAAGAAGAAUAUUCACGUGUAAAAAAAAAACAAGAAUAUUCGUCGUUUAAAUUGUCCGCUUUUUUUCGUGGCGCGAAAUUUGAAAAAGUGAACGUAUCGUUAUAUAUAUGCAUAUAUAUUUCGACAUAUUUCUUUAGAAAAAAAAAAAAAUUACUUUAGUCAUUUCUCCACUGGCCAUAUUAAAUCCACGUCUUCCAAAAAAAGAAAAAGAAUUUUUAAUUCAUUGCCAAAGGUAUGAAUUUCGUAGACGUCUUCUCGCAGUUUGUCAUUAUAUUACUGCGCAAUUGCAUGAUAAUUUCAUAAAGCGUUUAAAAUAAUCAGCUAAUUAUGUUCGCGCACGAGAUCUCUGGGACAUGUUUAAAUGUCGUAACACAACUUGACUAAUCUAUUAUCGAAGAUAUGUCGUAUUUACGAUUAAUCGAUCUUCUCGAUCUUGUCGCGUUCCUUUCGAUAAAUCUUGAAUAUAUUUUUUUUUUCUUUCUUUUCUUUUUUAACAAAUAAUUAUUUACGUAUUCUCAUUUCCUUGAGAAGU